AUCAAUAUCACCUCCGGCAACAAAACGAACCCAACGACGAGGCCUGAAAGAAAAUCACCAUUGAAGCCCCAACUAACCAGAUCAGAGCCCAACCGCCUCAAACCAGGCAAAGCCGCCCGUCGGAAUUUAACGCUUCGUCGCAACUGCGCCACAGAUUUGGCCGGAAAAGUGGUUGUGCGCCGCAUAUCGGAUUCGACAUCUAAGUUAAGUUGAGAGAGAGAGGGAGAGAGAUGUUUACUAAUAAUCAAAGACAAGAAGAACGUACUGGCAAAACUGGAACACCAAGGCUUCAAUAUCUACAGGAGCUUGUGAGUCAGUUUCAGAAUGCAACUGAUGAACAUACUAAGGAGAGAAUUGUAGCAAAUUUGGCCAACUUUUCCUAUGAUCCUUACAACUACACUAUCUUACGUCAGCUAAAUGUCUUGGAACUAUUCAUAGACUGUAUAACAGAGCCAAAUGAGAAGCUUGUCGAAUUCGGGAUAGGAGGAAUAUGCAACGCUUGUGCUGAGCCAAAGAAUGCUGCUACCAUUGUUGAGGCUGAUGGAAUUCCUCUUAUAAUCAAAUGUUUAUCAAGCCCUGUCCGGAACACUGUGAAUUACGCGCUGGGGGCUUUGUAUUACAUUUGCGACUAUAACAGAGCAACAAGGGAGAUGAUUCUGAGAGCGGAAGUACUGGAUCUCAUCGAGAGGUAUGCAGCAGCUGAGACGGUCUGUGUAAGCUUUAGUAACCUGGCUAAGGCGUUUCUUGACAAGCAUGCUCAUGCAAUCACAUGAGAGAGAUUCUGGAGCUUUUCUAAGUUUUGGUUUAUAUUGAAUUGUAUUAAGCUUGAAAAUUCCAAAGUUCUAUAGCAAAGGGCCAAAACGUAAACACUACGAAUGGUGUUUCGAGGAUUUUGAAAGUGGUUAGUUGUGUCUUUUGAAAAUCUAGACGCGUAGUGAGGACGUUUUAAAUGUUGAAUUGGUGCGAGUUGGAGCGGGCUUUAGGAUGGCCGUUCUGGUUAAGAUUUAAGUUUUAUUCGGAUA